GGUGACAUGAAGCCUAAACCUGGAAAAACCCGUGUCCAGGCUCUCUGUGGCUUUGCUCAGCCUCCCCCACCGGGAGUAACUCAUGGUGUUUGGAAGCUGUUAAAUUCCAUGAACCAAGACCAAGUGGCGCUUGAAGCUAGAAAUGACUGGUGCAUUUUAGAGCUGGGAAAGCAUCUUUACAACAAGUAUGGGUCAAGAGUUAAAAUGCAUGAACACAUCCGCCAAAAGAUGAGGGAGCUUGGGAGACUCCUAAUAUGUGCAAGAGAGGUGUCACCUGUUACAACUAUUAAAGAGCUCAUUGAUCCCAAAAACUUCAUACAUACCGUUAAUGCAGUUAAAAGAACAGCUGGAUACAAUGAGGAGACACACGUAUAUGAAAUUGCUAGUGUCGCUGUAAAACGUGGACAUAGCCUGAGCAAAAUCGCAAUGCUUAUUGAGAGCCAUUCUACCAUCAAUGGAGACGAAGCAACAGCAAAAGCUGCAAACAGCUUCCAACAGCUGUAUCAGUCCCGAUGGCCUGAGUACAUUUCCACAGCAGCACGGCGAACCCUGGAGGAAGCAGAGUGGAACUCGCCACUUCUUCUUCCAUUCACUGAAGAUGUUAAAUGUCUGCAUGUGUAUCUUGACCAGCAGGAGAAAAUGUAUCGCAAUCUCUUGUCAUCACAGCCUUCAUCUCAGCACUGGUCAAAAUUGGCCAUGGUUACAUUAACUCAGAUUAUGCUUUUUAAUCAGAGACGAGAAGGGGAAGUGUCACAAAUUCCUUUGUCUGCAUACACUUCCAGCAACCAGUCAGAUGGACAUCCGGAUAUUAGCAUGGCCCUCUCAGAGUUGGAAAAUAAACUGUGUCAGUAUUUCAAGAGAUUAGAGAUUAGAGGCAAAAGAGGCAGAAAGGUUCCUGUCCUUGUCACUCCUUCAAUGCAAGAGUCAAUCAGGCUACUAAUUGAGAACCGAAAUAGGUGUGGAGUACCGAAUGAGAACUCUUUCCUCUUUGCACGUCCAUUUGCACUGACUUUUUACAGAGGCUCUGACUGCAUCCGUGAAUUUGCAGUUAAGAACUUGGAAGGGGAAAGAUUCAUGCACUGCAUUUACUGUCAAGGACUUUUCUUAAAGAAUAUUCUGUGGAGGCAUUUGAAAGUCUGCAAAUUCAAGCCUGGUGACAUGAAGCCUAAACCUGGAAAAACCCGUGUCCAGGCUCUCUGUGGCUUUGCUCAGCCUCCCCCACCGGGAGUAACUCAUGGUGUUUGGAAGCUGUUAAAUUCCAUGAACCAAGACCAAGUGGCGCUUGAAGCUAGAAAUGACUGGUGCAUUUUAGAGCUGGGAAAGCAUCUUUACAACAAGUAUGGGUCAAGAGUUAAAAUGCAUGAACACAUCCGCCAAAAGAUGAGGGAGCUUGGGAGACUCCUAAUAUGUGCAAGAGAGGUGUCACCUGUUACAACUAUUAAAGAGCUCAUUGAUCCCAAAAACUUCAUACAUACCGUUAAUGCAGUUAAAAGAACAGCUGGAUACAAUGAGGAGACACACGUAUAUGAAAUUGCUAGUGUCGCUGUAAAACGUGGACAUAGCCUGAGCAAAAUCGCAAUGCUUAUUGAGAGCCAUUCUACCAUCAAUGGAGACGAAGCAACAGCAAAAGCUGCAAACAGCUUCCAACAGCUGUAUCAGUCCCGAUGGCCUGAGUACAUUUCCACAGCAGCACGGCGAACCCUGGAGGAAGCAGAGUGGAACUCGCCACUUCUUCUUCCAUUCACUGAAGAUGUUAAAUGUCUGCAUGUGUAUCUUGACCAGCAGGAGAAAAUGUAUCGCAAUCUCUUGUCAUCACAGCCUUCAUCUCAGCACUGGAAUAUCAUGGUAAAGGCAAUCACUCUCCCCAUCCCUCUCCACAAAGACACUCAGUAUUCCCAAGGAAAGCCAAAUCCUUUCUACGGAUUCUGGUUGAUCCCAAAACCGUCCUAA